GUUAAUCUGUAAUUAACACAUGAUUGUGUUUAAGCUUUGGGUACCAGAAGGAGUAGAUAUGAAAUGCAAAUUUAGCCUAAGAUGAUUCUAUGUUGUUUAGUUCCAUCUCACAUAUUAUAAACAUGGGGGUUACCUUGGCAAUAUCUUUCUGUUUUUUUUUUUUUGGCCCUUUCCUAGAGCUCCGAGUUUUUACCUUUAUUUUUGUCGGUGAAUUACAGGUUUUGGUAAAUUUAUUUUGUGGGCAUAAAUUAAUUGAUUCUGAUAACCCUGUUUUAUGAUUCCAUAAACUUUUUUUCGGGUGAUUUCCUCCCUUCUCCCUUCUGUUCGCCUUUGGUGGAUAGAGUUACCCGAUAUUGUGCUGGAGGUAUAGAAAAUCUAAGAAUGAACAGUUAAUAAUUCGCCAGAUCAUUGAUACAAAAAAUAUCCAAAUACCAAAUCCGACUUCUAUAUACUCCCCACAAACUAGAAGAAGCUCGUGGGAAAGUCAAAGAAAGAACUUGUUCUUCUGACGUUAAGAUUUCUUUCAAUAAUUCCGAGCCCGUUAAAAAAGUGGGUACAGUACUUUUAUGUUUCCGAGUUAAAGUUCUAGCGCAAGAGGUACCCGUGGAAUUAGUCGAGGUGCGUUAAAGCUGGCCUGACACCACGUUUAUCAAAAAGAAAAAACAUGUGUGUCUGAUCCCGUAAACUGCAAGUUUUAUGAAGGUCUCCACUUGGUUAUCCUAAGCUCUUAACUGGAAAUGGGAGAUGCCAAAGAUCUGAAACAAAAUGCUCCAGAAUCCUCUCCUAUACCUGAAGUUUCCUCUCCAAAUGAGGAUAAAUCACUUAGUGCAGCUCAAACCAGCCAACGCGCGAAUGAAAAAGUAAAUUCCGAGACUCAAAAACCAGCUGCGGAUGCUUCUGAGAAUGUAGAAGAGCCUUCUCUGUCGCUUGAAAAGAGUGAGACGCAUACAAAAGGAACUUUAAUUUCAGCCUCUUCCACUAAAUCUGAUGAAGCUUCUAGUACACCUAUGGUUGAUCAGGAAGACUCAUCUCAAUUGGUGCAGAGUCCGAAACCAUUGGAGCCUCCUGCCGAUGGAAAUACAACAGCUCCAUCCGAAGCCAGUCCAUCGUCUCUAUCAAGUGAAAAACCAAGUGGUUCUAAUGGUGAUGUUCACAGCCAGCCACCUAAUACUUCUGAUGGUCCAAAAGAUGAGACAGAUACUUCAUCAUUAUUAACCGGGAAUUCAGACACAUUGGCCCUAAAAGAGGAAGAAAUAAAAGAUUCUUCUGAACAUAUUCAAUCUAAUCAUUCAGGAGCAGAAGCAAGUAAUAAUCCUCCUAUUAGUACACAAAGUGCUGAUGAUUCACCUUCUACUUCUCCUAUCCAAGUGAAAAAACUUGAAAAUAACAGUCAUGUAGAGUCAUCGGAUAACAUUGAUGAGCCCCUAGCCAAGGCGUCCACUCUGAGAGUCAAGAUCCCAGGACCCACUUCCCCUUCUAAGCAUCCUGAGAACUUUGACAUAAACAGAGUUAAUAUUGACACAGCAGCACCAAUCGCAUCUGUGAAACAGGCAGUUUCAAAGUUUGGAGGGAUUGUCGACUGGAAGGCUCAUCGACAACAGACAGUGGAGAAACGGAAUAUUAUUGAGCAAGAACUAGCAAAAGUGCAGGAGGAAAUCCCGUUAUAUAAGAAACAAUGUCAGGAUGCGGAAGAUGCAAAAGUGCUAGUUCUGAAAGAACUAGAUAGCACUAAGAGACUCAUAGAAGAGUUAAAGCUCAACCUAGAGAGAGCACAAAUGGAAGAGCAACAAGCAAGACAGGAUUCGGAACUUGCCAAGCUUAGGGUAGAAGAGAUGGAGCGGGGGAUUGCUGAUGACGCUAGUAUUGCAGCCAAAGCACAGCUUGAAGUUGCUCGAGCCAGGCUUGAAGCUGCAGUUUCAGAGCUUAAAACCGUGAAUUCUGAAUUAGAAGUUCUCCGUAAGGAGUAUGCUUUAUUGGUGUCUGAAAAAGAUGUUGCUGUAGAAAAAGCAGAAGAAGCUGUUUCGGUAUCAAACGAAGUUGAAAAGACAGUGGAGGAUUUGACUGUUGAGCUUAUUACUUCAAAGGAUUCUUUGGAGGCUGCGCACGCUGCACAUCUGGAGGCCGAGGAACACAGAGUCGGAGCCGCUAUGGCAAGAGAGCAAGAUACUCUAAACUGGGAGAAAGAACUGAAGCAGGCAGAAGAGGAACUUGAGAGGGUAAACCAGCAAAUUCUGUCUGCAAAGGGUCAUAAAGCAAAAUUAGAUACUGCUUCAGCUUUGCUACAAGAUCUCAACAAUGAGUUAGCAGCUUACAUGGAAUCAAAGUUAAAACAGGAGGCCGAUGAAGAAGGGAAGAACUCAAAAGGCGAGCUGUUAGAACCGGAGAAAAGAAGUCAUCAUGAGAUACAAGAAGCAGUGGCAUCGGCUAAGAAGGAACUCGAAGAAGUGAAGCUCAAUAUUGAGAAAGCGACAGCUGAAUUAGGAUGCCUAAAAGUAGCAGCAAUUGCAUUGAAGGAAGAACUGGAAAAGGAGAAAUCAGAACUAGCUUCCAUACAACAAAGAGAAGGAAUGGCGGGAAUCGCCGUUGCAUCUCUUGAAGCUGAGUUGAAACAAACAAAGUCAGAGAUUUCCCUGUUGCGGACGAAGGAAAAAGAAGCAAGAGAAAAGAUCAUGGAUCUUCCAAAGCAACUACAAGAGGCAGCACAAGAGGCCGAUCGUGCAAAGUCACUUGCUCAAAUGGCUCGUGAAGAGCUGAGGAAGGCAAAGGAAGAGGUGGAGCAAGCAAAGGCAGCUGCUAAUACAAUGGAAAGUAAACUGCUUGCAGCCAAAAAAGAAAUAGAAGCUGCAAAAGCUUCAGAGGAUUUAGCAGUAGCAGCUAUAAGUGCUCUACAAGAUAGUGAAUCAACCGAAAACACUAAGGAUGAGGCAACCAGAAUAACUCUUUCUUUGGAGGAAUAUUAUGAACUCAGCAAGCAGGCUCAUGAGGCAGAGAAACAAGCUAACAUAAGGGUGACUGCUGCUAUGUCCCAAAUAGAAGUAGCCAAGGAAUCAGAGUUGAAUAGUCUAAACAGGCUCGAGGAGGUUAAUCUUGCUAUGACUGAAAAGAAGGAAGCACUGGAAAUCGCACUGCAGAAGGCCGAGAAAGCCAAAGAAGGAAAAUUGGCAGCAGAGCAAGAGCUGAGGAAAUGGAGAGCGGAGCAUGAGAAAAAACGGAAAUCUGGUGUAUCCAUUCCACCAGUAAACAAAACAACAAGCGCAAAAAUGAGUUUCGAGGAGAAUAAAGAAUCAAAAGCUCAAAGCUUAAGUCCAAAAGAAAAUGUGCAAACAAGCAACACUGAAACUGAUUCAUCUCCAGAAGUGAAGGUCCCGAAGAAAAAGAAGAAAUCCUUCUUCCCACGCAUCUUUAUGUAUCUGGGCAGAAAGAAAGCACAGGCCAAGAUUAUAGAGGGCAAUAAGUUUGUCAUAGGUUUGGCUCUGUCAAUAAGCCUUUGCGUAUUAAAGUUGUUGGCGGCUUCAAAUGUGUACUCCUGCUAGUUCUGCAAAAAGCUAGCAGCAAUUCAAAAGCUUGGCCUUGUGAAGAUAUGAGUUCCCUUGUGUUUCAUGUUCGUAUGGGUUAUAUAAUGCAACACAUCUAUUUUUGCUAUCACUUGGCAUAUCUUUCAAUGCUAAUCGUCUCACAGUCCGACUUCUAACUCUAAGCUCUAUUAUCCUAAUAGUUUUGCCUGUUUGUAAUAAUUUCCUCCAUUUUAUUGCAUAUAGUCCUGAUUGAUUGCUGUAACGAAUCGAGUCAAAUGUGCAGUUAUGUUGUCCAUUUCUCAUGGACAGAAGAUACCUUAGCAAUUUAAUGUAUUUACACUCUACCGAACUUCUGUGUUUUGAAAAUCAUCCUAAAAUCCCCUGGACUUUAAUCUUUGUAUUGAAACCAUAUGAUA